AUGCUUCAGACUCAGCAUCUUUAUUCCCACCAGCAACAAUACAGCCAGCAUGAUCAGUCUGCUUGGCAACACAGCGGUCCGCAGCAAAGCCAUCAACCCUUGAGUCAUGGGCAACAGCAGGCCCAGGCCGCCGCAGCGGCAGCCGCUGCCGCUCAACAACAGCACUAUAACCGUAUCGCGAUGAAUCAGAACCAUACUUCCUCGCACGCGCAGAACGCCAAUCGCCAGGCAUCGGGUGACAACGCGCAAAACUCGAUUGUGACCUCCUUGACCACCAUGAACGAACAGGGUUCUCCCGGCAUGGAACAACAGCUCUCAGAAGAGAACCGCAAGGUGUUACAAUGGGUGGCGGAACUGAUGGACCCCAACCGGAGAGAGGGCGCUCUCAUGGAGCUGAGCAAGAAGAGGGAACAAGUGCCCGAACUUGCUUUGAUUCUCUGGCACAGUUUCGGCGUCAUGACCAGCUUGCUUCAGGAGAUCAUCUCCGUCUACCCUCUGCUGAAUCCGAGCCAGCUCACUGCAGCCGCUAGUAACCGCGUUUGCAACGCGCUGGCCUUGCUUCAGUGCGUAGCAAGUCACAAUGAGACUCGGGGUCUUUUUCUUCACGCUCACAUUCCCUUGUUUCUCUACCCUUUCUUGAACACCACGUCCAAGUCGAGGCCGUUCGAGUAUCUGCGGCUUACCUCUCUGGGGGUCAUAGGUGCUCUGGUGAAGAACGAGCCCAACUCUUCUCCCACCAUCAACUUCCUCCUCACCACGGAGAUCAUCCCCCUGUGUCUGCGCAUCAUGGAGACAGGCAGCGAGCUGUCCAAAACGGUUGCCAUAUUCAUCGUUCAAAAAAUCCUACUCGACGAUACAGGCCUCGGGUAUAUAUGUGCUACCUACGAGAGGUUUUAUGCAGUGGGGACCGUUUUGAGCAACAUGGUCAUCGGACUGGUUGAAACGCAGACCGUGCGGCUCCUGAAACACGUUGUCCGAUGUUUUCUGAGACUGAGCGAUAACAACCGAGCCCGUCAAGCGCUGCGGCAGUGCCUGCCAGAACCUCUCCGAGACGCAACCUUUUCCAACGUUCUCCGAGACGAUGCCGCCACCAAGCGAUGUCUUGCACAGCUGCUCAUCAACUUGAGCGACACAGUCGCCGACUCACAGAACGACCAGUUUGAAUGA